GAGUUUAUACAGAUCAUUAACUCCUUAAACAUCCGAAAGACGUCUCUUGCGAUUUCCUCUUGCGCCGGCUGGAGAGAGUUGAGAACAACAGCAACCAAGGUGUGAUCGGCACUCCCAGCAAAGAUGCCGGGCUUCGCAGAAUCGUUCUGGUCCAACGACUACGCCGCAGGACUUGGUGUCCUGUUUGGCAAGCUCCAGCAAGGCGUCGUCGAGAACCGCCAAGUCCUCACCAUCGCCCGAAUGCGCGCCGAAGCCGAGGAGAUCUACGGUCAGCGCCUCUCCGAUAUCACCCCUGCGGUCGACAAGAUUCAAGGCGGGUUCGCCCGCGACGAUGGCGCCAGCGUGCGCAAGGCGUACGACGGCGUACGAACCGAGAUGGAAGAAGCGUCCAAAAACCACAAGAAGAUUGCGCAGAACAUUCGCGACCUGGUCGUCAACCCCUUCUCUCGCUGGUGUGAGGCGCACGAAACCCGGAUACAGGACUCGCACGAGGAACUGCAAGGGCGUAUCAAGGCCCAUGACAAGCAGUCCGAGGCCGUCAAGAAGCUGAGGAGCAGCUACUUCAACAAAUGCCGUCUCGUCGAGGAUAUCGAGGAGGAGAACAAGCUCGCGUUCCAGGACCCGGAUGGUAGCCCAAAGCAACUGCAAAACAUCCCGGAAAUCAAGGUGGACCAGGAGCCAGCAGAAGAGGAGGAACCACUCGAGAUCGGUGACCAGAUAUACUCCCCCGAACAGGUGAAGAAAAUCCUGGCGCAUAUGAUCGCGACCGUCAAAAUGGGCGAGACCAAGGUUCCUAUUCUUGGUAUAUACCAGAAUACCUCAGCCGGUUCCGACAUCGUGGAAUAUUUCCAGCAGCAUAUGGGGAGUUCAAGUGUGAGCUAUGCUGAGCGCAUUGGUCAGGACCUAGUCUCCCACGGCUUCCUGCGCUUGGUCGGCAACGUCGGAAACACCUUCGCCAACAGCUCCAAGCUGUUCUACCAAUGGCGGCCGCAGGCAUUUGAGAUGGCCGGUGUCCCCGAAAAGAAGUCGGUUGCGAGGACCUUCUCCAUCCCUGUGGGCGGGUCCGACGGCGAUAACUCCCCGGUGGUUGGCGCGGUGACCGAGUACCUAGCCAAGUGGGACGUCCUGAACACGUCGCGGCCGAACGAGACGCCCACUGAGCGCAUGCGCCGGGAGGCUAGGGAAGCGGACGACCGGUACAAGGCCGCCGUUCAGAAACUGGACGAGAUGCGCUGCGAGUUGGAGGAAGCCAUCCACGUACAUCUCAAGUUCCUCGAGCGUUGUGAGCUGGACCGUCUCAAGGCUACCAAAACGGUCAUCCUGGACUUUUCCGGAACCAUCAGCAACGUUAUUCCUAGCUUGCAGUCCACCGUCGACAACAUGAUGCUGUACCAGGAGACCGUGCAGCCGCUUGGGGACCUCCGCUACCUCCUGGAGAACUACCGUACCGGCAGCUUUACCCCUAAGGUGGUUGUCUACGAGAACUAUUACAACAAGGUCGACGAGCAAACUUUCGGUGUGGACCUCGAGGCCCGCGCCAGGGCCGACCGAAAGCGGGUCCCCGUCAUCAUCACGACACUUCUUACCUACCUGGAUCACCACUACCCCGACCUUGAGGGCGAUGAAGCCCGCAGGGGAGUGUGGCUGCACGAGGUCCCGCUUGCCCAAACGCACAAGCUGAGAGCCAGGGUCAACAAUGGGAAAGCACCCGCCCUCGAGACGUUUGCUGAAUUCGAUAUACCCACCGUCGCGAGUCUCCUGAAGCUCUAUCUCCUCGAACUUCCCGAUUCUCUUGUCUCGUCACACGUCUAUGAAAUCAUCCGGACCAUUUACACUACCCCAACGGCGGAUGGCGGCGAUGCGGCCCGUGUCCCUGUCCUGCAGCAGACGCUCUCCCAACUACGCCUCACCAACAUUGCGUCUCUGGAUGCCUGUAUGAACCACUUCACGCGCCUAAUUGACCUUACAUCAGCCGACGAGGAGUACAUCGCCAAGCUCGCGACUUCUCUUGCCCCCUGUGUCCUACGCCCACGCUCGGAGACGUCGCUCACAAUGGAGGAGAAGCACGCUUAUCGCCUUGUCCGCGACCUCUUUACCCACAAGGACUCAAUUUUCAACGAACUGAAGCGUCUGUCGACCGCGAAUUCUUCUGGCUCCAUUAAGGGUAACCAGAACCGGCCACGGGCGAUCUCCACCGAUGAAAGCAACCGCAAGGCGAACAUGGAAGAGCGCAACCGUGCGCUCCUAGAGAAGGCUACCGGCAGCCGGAGCAGGGCGACGUCCCCCGCGCCCAGCCCACGCGCUUCCCACCGUCGCGACAGGAGCGUCGGUGGGCCCGAGACACGAUUCCCCAUCUCGACGACCCUGUCCAGCCCCACCACCGAGCACAGGAAGCGAACGAGCCUCGGCCCCAACCUCCCCAAGCGCACCAGCCUCGAAGUCCCAGGCGAGUCCGACUCCAACACCGCCAACCUGAGCCACCCAUCCGACGGCAACUUCAUCAUGAACGGCAUCAGCGCCAUGACGGCCGCGUCGGCGGCGGGCACCCCAGGGACGCCACCGACGCCCGUCGCGGCGGCGGACCCGCAGCUGGCCAAGGUCGGCGAGCAGGAGCAGCACAUGGUCGAGAAGCGCAACAGCCUCGGCCGCAGCGGCGCCCGCUUCUCGUCGGGCCGCCGCGUCACCCCCGCGUCUGCCGCCGCUGCGCGCACGGGGGGAACCGCGACGCCCCCGCCGAGUCACCACCAGCACACGGGCAGUGGCCCCCAGUCCCAGGAGCGCGGGCGCCCGCAGCAGCAGCAGUCUGGGCAUGGCCAGCAGCAUAGUGUUACGCUGGUGGAUGCGCCGAUGGAUUACUAGUAGUGGUCUGGUGGGCCGGCGGGCGGUGUUGGGUGUGGUGUUGUGGUGGGGUGCUGGGGUUGUGGUGUGAUGCUGGUGGAGGUGUUGGGGUGUUGGGUGAGUUGGGGGCCGAGGUUAGGUUAAGAAGAGACAAGAUAUGAUAUCAUGAUGGCGGGACGGGCGGAAAUGGACGGGCGGAGCGAGUGAGUUGGGUUUCGGUUUCAUGUAUCU